UUUUAACUUUGAAAUUGCCAAAGGAAAUUAUACUUCUCUCUUAUUGUCUGGUUGUUUGAGAAAACCACAAAAAUCCCCCAUUUUUUCCUCCUUUGGCUUUCAGAGCACCAAAACCUGGGUAUCUUUCAUUUCCCGUGUUCUUUCGGGGGUUUUGAAUCCUUUUCCCUUUCUUGAUCAUAAAGUUCAAUUUUUCAUCACCUGGGUACUCUUAGAUCUCCAUUCAAAAUUUGGGUUUCUUUUUCCCCCCCAAAUUUUCAAUGUCACAAGGCUUUUCGAUUGCGCUUUACUUCGACCCAGCACUUGAAAACCAAUUGUUGAAAGCUUGGAAUAUUUUGGCUCGUCGGCAAAUCAGCACUCAGUUAAUUGAAAUUGAGUCCAGACCUCACAUUACCCUUUUCUCAAGCCCUUUUCUUGACCCUGCCAGGCUUGAAUCUGUCGUAAAGUCAUUUGUUUCAAAGCAAGAACCUUUAGCUCUAUCUUUAUCCUCCAUUGGGACUUUCCCAAAUGGAAAAAAUCUUCUUUUUCUUGCACCAGCUCCAACAAUACCCCUUCUACUGUUCCAGGCUCAGUUAUGUGAGGCUAUUAAAAAGGAAGGGAUUGAAAUUGGAGAAAAGUUCAAAGCUGACGCUUGGAUUCCCUAUUGUGCUGUAGCUCAAGAGGUGUCAAAAACAAGAAUGGCGGAGGCAUUCUGUGUAUUGAGAGAGCUGAAAUUACCUGUUUCUGGGUAUGCAAUGGAUAUUGGAUUGGUGGAGUUUUCACCUGUUCGUGAACAUUUCUCGUUUGGAUUUGGAAAUACAGUAGAGGCAUGAAAUCUGAAGGUCGUUAAUGACAACGUUCCGACUAGUAGGAGAUAUAACUACAAAUCGGUUCGAUUUGAGACUAUAUAUUGGCGAUACGGGAGCGAGAUGUUGGGACUCGAAUUUCAGACCUAUUAAAUGUCACCUUUCAAGGAUGACUACAUGAAGCAAGUGAAAUAAGUUUUGGGUUCAUAGUUGAUGAUGAUACAAUUUCUUGGUCAGUAUUACAAAUAUUUUGGUCUCUAGACAAUGGAGAAGCAGGGAAAAGCUCUUCGAAUUUGGAAUGUCUGGAAUUGUCAAACUUCAUGAAGUAGGAGAAACUCCACUUUUUGUUUGAAGUUGAUAGUUUCAAAAGAGUUGAAUAUUGCUUCUGUUUCCAUUACUUGACAGCUAUUAAAUUACAAUGAAACUAUAUAUUA